GCAUCUUUAAGAGCAGGAGUUUAACACUGGGGUUUUCGCUGUGUAAUUAGUCUGAGGACCUUGAUUAACUGGUUUAGGUGUGUUUACUUAGGUUUGCAGUUAAUCUCUGCCGGACAUUUGCAGGUUUAGGCACCCCGGCCUAAAGGUAACCAAAAACAUGUUUAUUUAAGAACAGAUUAUGCAUGAGUGCAGUUUCACAUCCAAAUGCUGAAAUUUUCAGAAAACCUAAAUAUAUCUCAUUGCAUUAUGUAAUAAAAGAGGACCUGAGAAAGGAAUUACAUUUUUAAUAGUUGUACAAGCUGGCAAAUUAAUCCUAAGUACUUUUAUGCAAAUACAGAAAAAGUUUGUCCCGUGUGAAACCACACAGACCAGACCUUUAUAAGAUUUAGUAAUUAGAUGACUGUGCUAUUUAGAUGGUCCAUGCAUCAUGAUCUAACGCACACACUUUUAUGCAAUAUUAAAAGAAGGGGAAAAAAGCAAACUUCCUCAUCUUUUGGUUUAAAAACUGCUGUUGUCAUCAGGCUGGAUGCACUUCUUUUCUCAUCAUUGCUCCUGAAGAACCUUACAAAAAGACAACCACGUAAAGACAAUUAAGCAUCUGUUUUUCACUGGAUCAUCUGAGGGAUUUGACUGAAUCAAGAUGCUGCUGAUCAUUGAAGCUCUUCUUCUCAUUUCAUCUGCUCUAGGACGGGAUCACAGAGAUGACGACAAGAUAUAUAUACUGGAUAAGGCACUGAAUUCUGUCGAUGACCAAUAUGACGGCUGUAGAAAGAACAUGAAAAAGGACGUGGAGACAAAGUAUCUAGAGAAUGAACUCAAUACUUCACCUGAUUUUAAAAAAGCUUGGAAUAGAGGAAAAGCUUCAGUCAAGCCCCCAUAUGAUAUCUUGUCAGAGAAUCAUGAAAUUGCCAUUUUUGUGUACAGUGAUGAUGUACACAGUGAAAUAUACAAAGACUUCAAUUCUGACAGUCGUAUUGGUAAAGAACGGUACAGAAACAAAAAUUACAAAUGGUAUUCACUUUACUUUCUGUUAACUGAAGCGAUACAGAUUCUGAAGAGCAAAACAGAACAAAAAAAUAAAUGUCUUUCAACUUAUCGUGGCACUGAUGUUAAAUUUAAAGAGAAUGUUCUGAACACAGAGGUUCGUUUCGGCUCGUUUGUAUCUUCCUCUUCUAGUCGUGAAAGUGCACAGAAUUUUGGAAGGAAAUCUUGUUUUGAAAUCGAAACUUGUGAAGGUGCUGAUGUGACAAAAUACUCUGCGUUUCCUAAUGAGGAAGAGGUGCUGAUUCCACCUUAUGAGAUGUUUAAAGUCACUAAAGUCAGGACAAGAAAAGAUGACAAAAAUCUCUGGUGUGAGACUGUGUUCACUUUGAAAAAGAAUAAAAAAAUGAGUAACCUGAACUGUGCGGUUGCACAAAAGGACAAAUCUUUAAAUCUUUAUUCAUAUUAAAAGGUGCUUCUGUUAAUUAUAAGAUUUAAUAGAUUGAUUAAUUCUAAAUAAUAAUCAAGCUUUAAAAGGUUUAAGUAAAAAAAAAAGAAAAAGAAAAAAAAAAAAAAGAGUUACCAAACUGAUAAAAGCAUCAGUUUGGUAACAAAAAAGGUUUCUAAAUAUAACAGUUUUGUACAAAACUGUCAUUUGCUGUGUUUAUCAAAUCAAUGUCUUUUUAAAAUCAAGUUUUCCAAUUUUCACAUGUAACUGCUGAACUCAGCUACAACUCUUGUGUGUGAUUUUGUCAUUUUCUAGUGAUUAAAGAUACAGUUCAAUCAAAAAUUAAAAUUCUGUCAUCAUUUACUAUUCCAGAGCUGUAUGCACUGAAAAAUAAAUUUGUUUUGUUUUAUUUACUUGAUUAAACAAUUUUACUUUAAUUUACACUGUCUAUGACUAUUAAUUAUUUUUUAUAUUCUGUUGUGUUAAACCAGCAUUAGGGAAACUAGGAAAAGGUUUUCUUUUGGAGAAUAAGGCUUUGCACAGGGAGAAUAAUUGUCUAAAUAAAUGUAUUAGAGUUUGUUGGUAUUUUUAGGGUAAAGUGUUGAGCUUGAGUUGAGGACAUGCAAACAAGAAAUUGUUUUAAUAAAAAGACAACUGUGCAACGGAUGUAACAUUACCAUCUGUAAAAAAUAUAUAUAUAUUUAGUUAGAGCCCACAUAUAUUCUUUGAUUUAAAGGCAUUUUUAAGCCAGCUGUCACAUAAUCAGUUUUAGGGUUUUCAAGUAGCCGGUUCAUCGACAAAUAUUAUAAUGAGGUCAAAUUUUUGCCAAAAUUAAUGGAAUUUUUCCCCUUCAGUAGUUAUACACAUCUGAGUGCAUUUCUUUGGCCUAGAGAGGCCAUUAAGAGUUUGUUCUGCAAAAUGUCUAGAAUUUAUGUUUGUACAUUAAUUUAAGGUCGAAAGAAAAGCAGAAUCCUAACAUGUUCUUUGUUGAUCAUCCUGAAGCCAGGUCUAAUAUCUCUGUCGCCAAACUCUUCUGCAUGGUUCACGAGAGCUUCUUUGAGUUUUGUACUCAAAUGAAAUCAUUUCCUCGAACCCCUGUAACUAGAGACAUUGACUUGGCUUUACUUGAAAGGAACAACAAAGUACAGUGCUUUAAAAUUACAUGAUAUAACCAUGUUCAUCAGUUCAGGAUCUCUGAUGUGACAUUGUGUUUCUUUGAACAGCUAUAGAAAAAUAAGCGAUCUGAACUGUGCAGGAGAAUCCAACAAUGAAAAACUAGUUGCUUUCUGUAACGUGUAACAAUUUUAACAUUAUUUUGUUGUGUGUUAACCUGUAGAUACUGUAUGUUUCUGUCUUGCUUUAUUGAGUCACAACAUUAUUUUGUCUGAUUGCACAGUUAGUUUCACAUGGUAAACUUCAGAAAAAUUACUGUGCUUAAUUUAUUUAUUUUUUUAGUCAGUUUCAACUUCUGUCAACCAAAUAAAUCUCAAUAAAUCUCUUUGAUAAACAAAA